GGGCGGGCAAGGGCAGAAUUAUUUUAGUUUCUGCCCCGUUCAUGUCAUCCUUUUCUCUUUUUCUCCUUCUUAUCUUUGUAAGCGGGUAAAAACACAGAGCUUGGAGUUCAUCAUGAGCAUCAUUUCCACCAAUUUCCAAGCAUUCAAGUUUGACGGAAUCUGUCAGACGGUGGCCCUGUCACUGUGUCCCUUAAUAGGAAAAUACGAUGGCAUCGAACCGGUUUGCUAUUCACGAAAUGUUGAUUUGGCAGGCACUCUUAUUUUUCAACCAGCGACUCUCAUCAUUGAUGUCGUGGCCAUCGUCAUGGCUGCUAUUAUGAUUUAUCACAUCAAGUCUAAAUAUACCGCCGUAGGCCGUAAAGAAAUAGUCAUGUUCUUCUACCUCUAUAUGAUGACGACGUUUCUGGAAAUGUUACUGGUCACCGGGAUUAUUCCGACUGCCUCCAGUGUUUAUCCAUGGUUUACUGCCGUUCAUAUUGGCCUCAUGAGUGCAACAUUUUGGUGUUUACUUCUCAACGGUUUUGUCGGAUUUCAAUUUGCUGAGGAUGGCACCCCAUGGUCACUCUGGUCCAUCCGUAUUAGUUCCUUCGUGGUGUUCCUCAUCGUUGGCCUGAUCGCCAUAGCCACCUUUAAUAACCUUGGACCUUUCAGCUAUGCUAACCCCGCCGUCCUGUGGGUGUUUUAUUUUAUCGUGAAUGGUGUGGCUUUCUUCGUGUAUGUGGUCCUUCAGAUUGUUCUGGUGGUCAACACUCUUGACGACAGAUGGCCUUUGGGCGACAUCCUUUUUGGAGCCGCGUUUUUCCUUAUUGGGCAGGUGAUCAUGUACUUUUUCUCGGUCGCCAUCUGUGAUCAAGUCAAACACUACGUUGAUGGGUUGUUCUUUGGUACUAUCUGCACACUUUUGGCGGUGAUGAUGGUUUACAAAUACUGGGACUCCAUCACCAAAGAAGAUCUGGAAUUCUCUGUUGGCAGCAAGCAAAACGUCUGGGAAGUGAAGGAGCUUCUGGAUGAAGAUGAUUUGCAAGGCCAUCCUGCUUAUGGUUCGCCGCCUAUGCAUCCACAUGCAUCCCCGUAUUAGCUGUUCUGCUUACUCCGCGGCAGCCCAUCUAUCUUUUGUUUCAAUAUAACCUCCCCUUUUGCCAUUUCUUAUCGUUUAAUAUAUAUCUUUGGCUCCAUCUUUUGACUCAUAAAACCGAUGUUUGGACCGUAUAGCAAAACGCUUCUUUUUAAAC